AUGGAAAUUGGAUUACAACAAAGAUUCGCAAUAUGCAAUCUAAUCGCAUCCAUUCUUUUUUUAGUUUUGGGACUUACAUAAUGCAUUGAUACUUUGGAUUCUGGACUAUUUAUUAUUGUGGAUCUGAUAUUUUCUUUAAUUUUUUUAUUGUUAGACUACAAAUAAAAGUUUAUUUGUUCAACAGGAGAUUAUUAUUUAGCUAUAACUUAAUUGAUUAUGUAGAUAGUGUAGAUUGAAAUGACAUAAAACACUGAAAAGAAGGUAUAUAUAAUGAUUUAACACCAAGGGAAUUUUCAUAUUUAUCAUACUGAAACUUUUAGCUUUGAUUAAUGUUCUCAGAGUAUAGUUACUUUAGAAAUUAAUAUAUUUCACAGUACUCAUAUAUUCAAUCAUAAGAUUCAAUGAGUAUUAAUACCCAAUUUCCUAUUUAGGAUUGAUAUUUUCUCCAAUUCUUAUGGUAAGAUGAUCAAUAUAAUUGUAGUUCCAAGAAUAAAGUGAUGAAAAUGAACUUUUAAUGCUUUUGAAGGAGAUCUUGCCAGUUUCAUUAUUGGUAAUAGAUAAAUCAACACGAAAAUCUAUAUAUCAUACUAAGGCAUUGGAAAAUGAAUACAAAUAUGAUUAAAAUCAUUCAGAUGAAUUUAUUGAUUGUUUGUAUCACUUUUCUUCAGACAAUAAAAUUAAACUCUAAACGUUAUUUGAUAAUUCAAAAGACUUUUUAUACUAAUCUAAAAAUAGUUUCAAAUCAAUAUUUUCAGAAAUAAUUGAUAAUUGUUAAUAUAUAGCAACAAGUCCUUUAUUUCAGAAAUUCCUUGAUUUACGUGCAGCUCAUAAUGAUGAAUAACAUGAAGAUUAACAUAAAUUACAGAUUUAAAAUUGUCCUGAAAUUAUGAUUGACACUCCAAAAUAUCUUUAAUUUUGUAGAGCUUCAAUAUAAUUAAGUGAAGAAACCCCAAAAAAUAAGAAAUCUAAAAUAAUGGAGGAAUUAUUAAUUGAAAGUUAAAGUUUAAGAAAUAUUUGUGUAAAUGAAUUAAAGAAAAAAAAAUUAAAAUUAUUCUUUAAUCAUUGUUUUUGGAAUAAGAAUUAAGCUUUCGUAUUAAUAUUUUAAAAUAAAGAAAUAGAAAAAUCAAUAAUAACAUUAUAAUAACAAUUAUAAGAAUCAAAAUAAAUAUGUGAAAAUAAAGAUAUGAUUUUAGCAACUGUUUUUCAUGAUUUCAAAACUCCAAUAAAUGGAAUAGUGGCUAUUUUAGAAAGUUUAGAAGGAAAUUAGAAUUUAAAUAAAAAAGAAAAAUAUCUACUAAAUAUUAUAAGAAAAAAUGUUUAUCUUAUGUUAUAUAUGAUUUAUGAUAUAUAGGAUUAUGCAAGAAUAGAAAAGAAUUAAUUAAGACUUUGUAUUAGUGAUUUUUAUAUUAAUGAAUUAAUAGAUGAAGUUAUUGAAACUAUAGCUAUUUCAGCAGAAUAAAAAGGAGUUGAAAUAAAAACAUUUUAUGACAUACCUACUUAUUAAGUACAUUCAGAUCCAAAUAGAAUCAAAUAAAUUAUUAUGAAUAUUUUGUCUAAUUCUUUGAAAUUCACAGAAAAAGGUAGUAUAACAAUUACUAUUUAAUCUUUAAAUACAGAUAAAUCUUAAAAUAUAAAGAGAAGUAAUUCCUCUAAAAAUAUUAAUUAUUAGAAUGGUAAUUAAUCAAUUUCUUAGAUUAGAAAAUGUCUUUAAGGCAAAUACUCAUCUGUAUCUUCUAAUAAACUUGUAUACACAAUCUCAAUUGAAGAUACAGGUUGUGGAAUUGCUGAUUCAAUCAAACCAUAAUUAUUCAAUUUAUUUGCUACAUUCUCAUCUUAAAAAAUAGAAAAUAAAAAUGGUACUGGAAUAGGUUUAAUGGUCUGUAAAAAACUUGUAAGUUUAUUGGGACCAUCAGAUACAAUUGAUUUAUAAAGUUAAUUAAAUGUAGGAACUAAAAUGACAUUUUAGAUUUAUGCUAAAUUAUAAGAUAAUUCUUAUAAAUUAACUAAUUACGUUAGUUGUUUUAAAUAAGAGAACAGUUCUUAACAUUUAAGUAAUCUUUAAAAUGAUGAUUCUCCAAAUGUAAAAGAUAAAUCACAUUAAUAAUCUGUAUUUGUCAGAUCAUCUUAUCUUAGAUUAUAUACAAAACCUUUAGAAAAGGCAGAAACAGAAAUGAAUGAACCUUCUAUAGAAGAUAGUGAUCAAUCAAAAUUAAAGAAUAUUUUGAGAUUUUAAUCAAUAACUUAGAAAUCAUAAAUAUAAAAAUGUUUAUAAUCAUAAGAUUCUUUAGAUGUUUAAGAUCCUAAAUAUAUAUUAUAAUAAUUAAUAUAAAGUAAAAAAUUUGGAAUUUUAAUUGUUGAUGAUCAAACAUUUAAUGUGUUAGCUUUUAAAAUGUUAUUAUAAAAUUUAAUACCUUAAGCAGAUAUUAUUGAAGCAUAUAAUGGAUAAUAAGCUAUAACAAAAGUAAUAUUGAAUUAUAAUUUUAGUUAUAAGAAUAAUAAAAGAGUUUAAAUAUAAAAUAUGUAUUUAUGGAUUUAUAAAUGCCAAUAUUGAAUGGAUGGCAAGCAGCUGAAAAAAUUCGAAAAAUGGUAUAAAAUUUAAUUCUAUAUAGAUUAAUAAUAAAGAAAUAGAUAGUAUUAAAUUAAUUGCUUUAUCAGGAUUUGAUGAUGAAUCUUAAUAGGAUAAAUGUGAAAAAUUGGGAUUUGAUGCUUUCCUUGCAAAACCAAUUAGAAUUGAAAUGAUUUCAGAAGUGUUCUCUCAACUUGAAGAGUUUUGA